AUGAAUAGUGCGAGUUCUAUGAAUCUCAAAUUUAUGCAAGAACUGGAGAGCAGCCCAGAGUUUGCUUGCCUGCGGCCACUCUUUGGUUGGCUGCACUCCUACUUUCGAACUUGCCCGGAUUUCCUCAAGCCAUGUAUCUUCUAUCUGUCAAUUUUUCCUCGAGAUCACAGCAUCCGGAGAAGGCGUUUGGUGAGACGGUGGAUUGCAGAGGGCUAUGCCAGGGACACUGACAAAAUGUUUGCGGAGGAGAGUGGGGAGCAGUUCUUCUGUGGGCUCCUCGAUCUGAGCAUAAUAAUGCAGAAACCACAUUCAGUCACCACCGCAUUCAGCGACAGAAGAAUGACCUUGUGCCAAGUCAACAGUUUUGUCCGAGAGUAUAUCAUAUCACGUCAAAUGGAAGAGAACCUUGUCUUCGAACUGGGAAGCAGUUGCACCCUAACCUCUCAACGCACAGGGCGUCACCUCAUCAUAAUGGAAAGCUGGGACAGAGACAUAAUUGUGUUUGAGAGCAUUGACUUCUCACGGCUACGGUCUUUGACAGUGUUUGGAGAAUGGAGGUCAUUCUUCAUCUCUGAUAGGAUGAGGUUACUUCGGGUUCUCGAUCUUGAGGAUGCAUCCGGUUUAAAAGAUGAAGAUCUCAAACAAAUGAUGAAGCUGCUUUGUCGCCUCAAGUAUCUUUCCCUACGAAGAUGCACUGAGAUCUGUAGGCUGCCGAAUUCAUUGGGUUGUUCGAGGCAGCUUGAGACUCUGGAUGUCAGACAUACAUCCAUAGCAACCAUGCCAACAACCAUCACCAAGCUAAAGAAACUGCAGUACCUUCGUGCUAGUACCACAAAACCAACUGAGGAACAACCAAUACCCGAUGCUGCUGGUACAACCAAACCAACAAAGAAACAACCAACCCCACAUACCUCUGUAUCAUGGACAUCAUCUUUGUUCAGCAGACGUCGACAACUAGAGUGUGUUGAGGUUCCUACUGGGAUAGAGAGAAUGACUGCAUUGCUCACCAUCGGUGUUGUUAAUGUCGAUUCUGCUCGGGGGAGGGCCAUCUUGAAAGAGUUCAGGAAGCUCACCCAAUUGCACAAGCUUGGAGUGUCUGGAAUCAGUAAGAACAACAGCAAAGAUUUCUGUGUGGCCAUCUCAAGUCAUGCGCAUUUAGAAUCCUUAUCAGUUAGGCUCAAGGACAAUCAGGACUGCUUGUAUGUCACCCCAGAUGGCUAUCUUCCCCCCCAGAACCUACAGAGCUUUAAACUGUAUGGCCUUGCAGACAAGUUUCCAGAGUGGAUCAAUCAGCUUGACAAUCUCAGGAAGUUAGUUUUGGAGAUGACUAUAUUAACCGAAGACCAACCGCGUUCGGCUGUGGACUCAGGGAUCUUAAAGUAUCUAUUCUACGUCUCAUUGCCAAGCAGCUUCCUGAUGCAAUUACGCUGCUAUGAAACAGUGAAGGUACUCGAGAUUUCUUGCAGCUCCAGCUUAGAUGUGACUUUUGGAUCACAAGCACUGCACAAUCUUGAGCUGUUGAAAGUUUCCUGUUGUAGUGGUUCAGGGUCGGUAAUGAAGUUCUCUGGGCUAGAAAAACUGUCUGAAUAUGAACUCAAGGAAGUCCAGAUUAAGGGUUCCCAUGAUGACAAACUCAAAAAAGAUGUGGAGGAACAACUUGCCAGGCAUCAAAAGAAACCUGUUUUGAAGAUGGAAUAA